UCGCGAGAUGGUGCACAGUCGAAGCUAUUUAUACAAGGUGUGAUAUUACCAAGAGACUCAUGAUGUCCGGAUAUAGAAACCGGCGCAGUUUGUCAAUGAAAAAAUCAGUCUCGAAAAUGGCUGAAGAUACCAUAGAAAAUAAAAAUUCAAAAAAAGUGUUAGAAGAUCAGCCAAACUGCAAGGAAAACAAUAUAUUAGUGAGACAUAAAUCUAUGCCCGAAACUUCAUGUCAGAAAUAUAGUUUAGACGAACGGAACUAUUUGCCUGAUGAUUCUCAACGAUCUCCAGUGUCACGUUGUUCGGAAGACUCAAUUGCCUUAGUGCAUUCGAUUAAGGAGACACUUCUAACGUCCACUAAUUUAAUGCAGGAAGCAUCAACUACACAUUGUAUGGAUCGGAAAUGUACAAAAGAAGAAAUUGAGCAGAAACGACAAGAUGCGCUAAAACGUCAACAGACUAGUCGGUUGAGAAGAUUAUUGCGAAAGAAGAAUUAAUUUUUGUAAUAAUUCGUUAAUAAAUAAUUAUUGAAAGACAA